UUCAAGUAUUCUGUGAUCAAUGCACCAGUGCCCUAACUGCCAUGUAAGAACAGUCUCUUACAACAAAUACCUCAAACACCUGCAGUAUUUCCAUGAGAAUGAGCCACAUUUCUUUGUUGUAUGUGGCCACGAUGGGUGCCAAAAAAGGUACAAAAGAGUAAGUUCUUUACGUGUCCAUGUUUUUCGGAAUCAUAAAAUCGUGAGAGACGCAGAGGAUUCAGAGAACAAUCAGGAGAUUCCAGGCACCUCACCUACUUUUAAUGAUUUCGAGGAAACUUUUGAUUCUGAAGAACCAAAUAUCUCUUUUUCUGAAAAAAUAUGUGGUUUCAGAUCACUAAUUGAGAGACAUUUUGCAUUGUUUUGUUUAAAACUUCAAGAAAAGCACAUCCUCCCAAAAACUGUUCGGCAUACUAUUACUCAUGAAGUGAAAAUACUCAUUGAACUUUUUAAUGAACAGUCCCAGGACCUUCUUAAGUUCUGUUUAGAAGAAACAAAUAUCAAUAUUGACAAUCAUUCAAACUUGAAGUCCUUGGUUGAAGACAACCUUUUUGGGAAGUGUUUUGAUGUUAUUGCAUCAGACUUUCAGUUUGAGAGAUACUGUAUAAGAGAGUUUGGGUUAAUUGAACCAGUAGAGUAUUUACUCGGAUUUGACUCGACAGGAAGAAAAGAGACUUUCCAGUAUAUUCCCAUUUUGGAAGUUUUAAAAAAUAUUCUGAAAAGAGAUGAUGUUUUUCCUUAUGUUUUGGAAGACACAGUUUUUGAUGGUGAAACACUUAAAGACUUCACAGAUGGAUUAAUUUUUCAGCAGCACGCCUUUUUUGAUGGAUCUGAGACACAGCUGAGGCUCCAGUUAUAUACUGAUGAAUUUGAAAUUGUAAAUUGUUUAGGAUCCAAAAGGCAGAUCCACAAAAUUUUAAGUGUCUACUUUGUUCUUGGAAAUAUUCCUCUGAAGUAUCGUUCCAGUCUUCAAAAUAUACAUGUGGCUGUACUUGUCAGAAACCGAUUGCUUCAGAAGUAUAGUUACGAGCAAAUUUUGGAUCCUCUUCUUCGUGACCUUUGUGAACUUCAGUGCCGUGGUGUAUCAGUUGACAUUGAUGACAAGUCCUGUGUUUUCAAAGGCUCCGUGAUUUCCAUUUGUGCUGACAAUUUAUCAGCCCAUUCCUUGGCUGGUUUCAAUACUUGCUUUAGUCAAGGACGGAUCUGUCGUUUCUGUCUAUGUCACCACCGUGACAUUGGUAACAAAACUGAGGAAAGUGAGUGUAUUCUCCGGACUCCUGACACACACUGUAGACAUUUACAAGUGCCAGAUGGUAAAACUUUGUAUGGUGUUACUGGACGCUGCCCUUUUGAUAAACUGCCUCAUUUUGAGGUUACUGAAUCCUUUCCGCCUGACUUGAUGCAUGAUAUUCUUGAAGGUGUCAUCCCACAGGUUCUGAAAUUAGUCUUGCUAAAUCUUACCCGUGAAAGGCUGGUAACAGUGCAACAGUUUAAUGACCAGCUACAACAGUUCCCCUUUGGACAAAAUGAUAUAACUCACAGGCCUGUUUUGCUGAAGCCAUCUGCUCUGCAGCAAGGUGCCAUCCCAGGAAAAGCUGUUGAAAAACUGACCCUUUUCCGACUCUUACCUUUUUUAAUUGGAAGCUCCAUCCCUCAGGACAACACUUACUGGGCUCUUUAUUUGCUAUUUAGAUCUAUAUGUGACAUAGUACUGGCACCUGUGAUCAAAACAAGUUGGUUGAGUCCAUUGUCUGCUCUCAUCACAGAAUUUCUGAAGAAUUUUCAGAAGCUUUUCCCUGACAAAUUCACUCCAAAGAUUCACUUUCUGGUUCACUAUCCUCGAUUAAUCAAACAACAUGGUCCACUGAGAGCACAUUGGUGUCUCAGGUAUGAGGCCAAACACCUGUACUUUAAACGCCUUUCAUCAAUUGUAAACAAUUACCAGAAUAUUGCAAAGACUUUGGCAAAGCGCUAUCAAAUGCGCCAGUGUUGGGAAGCACAAUCAACUGGACACCAUGUCUCGGAAGAUGUCCCGUACUCUUUAAUAGAGAUACGUUUGAAUGCACUACCCUCUCAGCUUAGAGAGAUUAUUGCAGAGGACUCUGCUGAACUGAAUGAUACACUCUGGAAAACCAAACAAGUGAUAUAUGACAGAGUCAAAUACACCACUGGAGACUUCUUGAUCCUUGACCUUGUGCAUGCUGAGGAAAUCCCAGUUUUUUUGAAAGUUCUACAUAUUGUUAAGUACCACAGUCAGUGGAAAUUGUGCGGAAGACUCUACCAAACUUGGUGCUUCUCUGAGCAUCUGCAUGCCUAUGGUGUCCGAUCAACAACUCAGUGGGUGGCCAUUACACCUGGGGAGGAAACUGACUUCCAUGCCCUUGACGCAUACACAGAUCAAGAGGACAACCUGUUCAUCACACUGCUUCAUCGCCCUAACAUGAGAUAGAUGGAGCCACUCUUGCUGUUAUCUCAGAGAGGAUGUCUGAGAGGCUCUUUCCGGUCAUUCGCAAACAGAGUCUGUUUCUGACCCAGUUGGAGAAACUUAAAAGCACACCAAUGAGCAGAGAGAACCCUCCAAGAAACAUUGAUAACUCCAGCCAAGCACAGUCCGGUCCAGAUACCUCUUUAGUUUUUCCAACAGUGCUGAGGAUGGCCAUAGACAGAAGAGAUUCUGAUCUGAAGAGUGCAAGUAAAACAAAACUACGGAGUCUACUGAUCCAGUCUCUUUUUGACCACCUCAGUAAGAAAACAAUGUACCCAACUCAUCUUCAAUACAUUGAGCUUCUGUCAAAUGUGAUAAUGGAUUACCCAUAUCUAAGGGAAAGUAUUGGGUCUGGAUAUGAUGCCCUGCUUGAAUCACUCAGAAAUAAGUUUAAGAAGGAAAGGCAGCCUCUUGUUGCCAACAAUGAAAUACAGCGACUGAAAGAGAGAUGGGCAAGAAGGAAGCGACCUCUUCAGACAGCGGAAGCUUAUCCAAGUACCAUGGUUGAUGCAGGAGAAGAUGAAAGAAGCAUCAGGGAACAUCUCCGAGUAAUAAAGGAGGAAACCGAGAAGCUUAGACCAAACUUGGAGCUUCUUAAAGAAAGGAUGGCGCUGAUAAAAAUCUACCGGAGACACUUUGUGUCUAACCACAGCACGGAGGAGAUUAUCUCUAAAUUUCCAUGUUUCAGACUGGCCAAAAUGCUCCUUUGGGAUCUGAGAGACCGUACCAACGUUGAUGUGGACCAACAGAUUCUCUCUCAGCUCUCGGUAAUGGCACCUAAAAUCCUUCAAGUUUCACGGAGUCCCCUGAUGGAGAAGUUCAGGUGUGUGGUUGAUGACUGUGAAGAUGGCAGACUGAAAAAAGGACUACAGUUGGAAGCAGCUAUUCUGCUCUUGCCUGCACUGUUUAAGGAGGACCCGGGGUUGCUGUUUGAAGUUGAGGGCCAUGCUCAGACCUGCCCUCCUGACACACCAACACCUAAAAUGGUGCUCAAAGGCUGCAGGGAGGGUAAUCCCAUGCAAUACGACCACAUUGUCGUCAUGUUGGAUGGCCAGUCCAUUACUGAGGAGAGUGAGGACAUCUCAAUGGCACUGGGCCUCAUCCUUUGCACAUAUUUUCUGUUUGGGAUCCAAUAUCCUAAAGGACUGAAAAAGACACUGACCUUCCUGGAGUGCAUUGUCUUAAAAAUGAAGGAUGCAGCCGGACUUCCCGUCACAAUUAAAAGAGUGUACAGCUCAAUCUGUGCAUAGAGUCUCUCUGUCUCUCUCUCAUAUUCCAUUUUCUAUUUUUUCAGCCAGUGUUGUUAGUUAAAAAGCACUGAUUAUAUUUGCAACUAAAAUAAAUGAAUUAAACUGUUAAAA